CCCGGGCUCCAUUGAUGAGCCCGACUGCCGACGGGAAAAAACUUUUGGUGUGGCGAGAGGUCUUUGUCCUGAUGGACCGCAGUCUCCUACCAGAGGGGAGAUUGAACGUGGCAUCGGUGAAACUAAAUAGGCUAUACGAGCACAGCUGCUGACUUUAUAAUUCAGUAAACAAUAUUAAAUAUAUCGAGACGGUUGAAGGUAAAAUAGCUCGUUUGCUGCCCUCCUUAUGUUCAUACAGCUCCAUCUAGUGUUCAAUGGACGUUACGUAGACUGUGACGUACUGGAUGGACAAGGACGAGACUGGAUAAUAAAAUACAUUCUGGACAGAAAGAUGAUCAUUCAAGUCUUCUCCAUAUUAGCGGAAAGUGUUGAAACAACUGUAACGCUAUAUUUUGUAUGACGUAUUCGACAACCGAAAUACCCCGGAUGUAGAACGGUGUUAUCAGGCGACCGUGUUAACUGGUGACUUUAAGCGGUUGUCGUAGGCCGUUUCUCAAUCUGCGUCCUUGUGUUCUCGUGAACUUGUGAAACGUCAUAUGUUGGUCAUGCUAACGGAUUCUAUACGAUACAAUACCCACAAUAUAUAGUGACCCGUUGCUCGUUACGGUGGCGAAUGUGCGCGUGGAGCAUUUCCGGGGUACUUUCAUAACUCUUGAACACAUGACACACCGUGUCACCGAGAGAUCUUGUCGCAGCCCGUAGCCCGUCGUCGUCAUGGCCGCUGCCGUGAUCGUAGCUGCUGUUGUCGGCGGCGGCGUCCUGCUCCUCGUGCGCCGUUUGUUCCCGCGACAGAAAGCUGCACAGCUCCUCCGGUAUCCAGCCGACAUGAUGCGAGGAAAGACGGUCAUCGUGACCGGGGCUAACUGCGGGAUAGGGAAGGCCCUGGCCGGGGAGCUGCUGAAGCUCCAUGCCCGGGUCAUCAUGGCCUGUCGGGACCAGCGGAGCGCCGAGGAGGCGGCGAAGGACAUCCAGAGACUAGCGGGGCCAGAGCAGGGGGAGCUGGUCGUCAAACACCUGGACCUCGCUUCUCUUAGAUCAGUCCGGACCUUCUGUGAGGAAAUUCUACAGGAGGAAUCCAGGAUUGAUGUUCUCAUCAACAAUGCAGGACUCUACCAGUGUCCCUACUCAAAGACAGAGGAUGGUUUUGAAAUGCAGCUCGGCGUGAAUCACCUGGGUCACUUCCUCCUCACGCAUCUCCUGCUGGACCUCCUGAAGACCUCGGCUCCCAGCCGCAUCGUUGUGGUUUCCUCGAAGCUCUACAAGUACGGCCACAUCAACUUCGAUGACCUGAAUAGUGAAAGUAAAUACGACAAGGCCUUCUGCUACAGUCAGAGUAAGUUGGCCAACUUGCUGUUCACGCUCGAACUGGCUCGCAAGCUGGAGGGCACGGGGGUCACAGUCAACGCUCUCACCCCAGGCAUCGUGAGGACCAGACUGGGAAGGCAUGCUCAAAUCCCUCUCCUGGCAAAGCCGCUGUUCUACCUCGCCUCGCUAAUCUUUUUUAAGAGUCCAUUGGAAGGGGCCCAGACUCCUCUCUAUCUGGCCUGCUCCCCUGAGGUGGAGGGAGUGUCGGGGAAGUGUUUCGCUAACUGUGAGGAGGAGGAGCUGAUGGCCAAAGCCACAGACGACCAAGCAGCCAAGAAACUGUGGGACCUAAGCAGCGGGAUGGUUGGACUCGCUAACUGAGCAGAGUGCUGUGAUGUGGAUGGUUUGUAUUCUUGGUCAGAAAAGCAGGCCCGCCGACAAUGCUCUGCGGGAGAUGGCUUGUGAAAAGACUUAUUGCCACUUUGAGAUCAAUAAUUCAAUGACAUAUUGUGCCAAUGAAAUGUGUACAUUGCAGUGGGUUGAGCAGAAAAUGUAUAAAGCUUUAAAUAAAUAAAAAUAUGUUUCAAACCGA